AUGCCUACCACUUCCCCGGCUCCGUCGUUGUCCUUGAAAAAGAAGGUCAUUGUUUCUAUACCUGCUUCUGGUGUUAACUGUCGCGCACAGCUUCGUAUCUUUCAUGAUAUACAUACUAAUAAAGGAUCCAUCUCCCUCAAGAUCAAAGCAAAGCUUGCUAACCGGGAGGAUGAACCUCAGGACCUAGCAUUGAGCAUCCAUCCAAACAUAGUCGAAAACUGUGCGCUAUCCAUGACGAAUGACGACGGUUCUUGUCCUCCUCCAGUAGUUCCUAUGCUUCCAUCGCUUUUACGAGAAAAUGCAAUCUCGACACUAAGCCUGACACUUAAUACAACUGGUAUAGUCCUUUGUCCAGAUGGGAUGAAGUCUAUAAGCCCAGCCGAUUCAAACGACACGGAUUUCUACGGAUUUGCCAAAAUCUCUCAAUCUAAAUCACUGCGUCUACACUUUUCAAACCGACAAUUCAGGGAAGGCGAACUGAAACAGCUGAAGAAAUUCUCGUUAGCCCUGGACAGCAAAUCUCUUGGGGCAGAGUCUUUUAGACAAACUCUGAGCGUGGUCGAGCGGGAUUGGACUAUCUUCAGUCUGUCACCCGAUCCACCUCCAUAUGAGGAGCCUGCGUUGGAGCAGACCAGGCAAGUGGAGCUACCCCUAUAUUCCGAGGAAUCUGGACCCGAGCAGGUGAUUGGGAAACGGUACAGAGGUAUCUUGUUGUAUAUACUUUGGCCAUUGCCAUCCGACGAUAAUAAAAGACAAAAACGACUGCUCCUCUCAACCCCACAGCCGCUAGACUCUGCCACCGAAGUUGCUACCCCGAGUACUCGCUCCCAGUCACCGGCAUCGAUCCGCCCGACUUACUUUACGCGUGCUCUAUCUCCUGGCCGCACCUCUCGUAACAAACUUAGACGUCUCGAAAAUGAUUUGCGCGGUAUUUCCGAUGACCAAGUCCGGGAAGCAUUAAUUCGAACCGGACACGGACAUCUGCUAGCCCGCCCAGAAGAAGUACAUGGGAACCUGCCAUUCAUCUCCGAGAAAGCCGCCUUUCCCACUGUCGAGCGGACGGAAUGCCCCUUCAAACACUAUAUCGAUGAGAUGAUCAAGCGCAGCCUUGCACCUGUCGCCAACGAGGUCAUUGACAGUGUCGUGAGCGACGGCCGUGACCAGAUCUCCGAUGAAUGUAAACUCAACGCAGCCGAAUUCCGCGAGCAGGUCGACGAUGGUAACUCCGAGGUACGCAUGACGGCCCAUGAAUGUAUGAAGGAAAUACAAGAACAAGCACAGCAGUACAUGGAUGACCUAGAAGAACAAGCACAGCGGUGCAUGAGUGAUAUCGACAAUCGCAGGAUCGAGGUUGAGAUGUCAUUGGGGGGGAUUGUUGCCAGAUUCAAGCGCUGGUUCGCUGAUUCUGCACCAUCCUUCCUUGGCGGCAAGUCCAGCACUCUUCAUGAGUUGGGGACUCAUACCAGACGCGAAUCCAUUUAG